AUGCAUUCUAUUGAUGAAGCAGGUGUCAGUGAAGUUAAGGAAUCAAGCAGUGAGGAAAAAAAAGAAAGAUUCCGUGAACAUUUGACAUCCAAUACACAUUUGACUGUUGAUGAAGAUGAACUUAACGGUAGCUCAUAUCCUGCUUAUGAAACCAUAACAGAUACUGACUCACAUGGUUCUUCACAAAACUAUCAAGCUGUUGAACAAGCCGAAUACGAUCGGCUUAUCCAGGGUUUGAAGAACGCUGACAGUGAUCUGGAAUUUUUGUCUGAACCAACAGAUUUGACCAGUCGACCAACAGAACCGGCGACAGCUGAAUUGGUUCAAGAAACUACAACAAUAUCGACGACAACAGCAGCAACGACAACUGUGCCAACAUCGGUAGAAACAGUUGCGACAGUGGCACCAACUAAUGCAAAACCAGUAGUAACGCCAGCAAAGCAACCAAUUGCACCCUUCAACACCGAAUAUUCAAUCAACAAAAAUACGGGCAUUGGUAGGCGAAACGAUUUUGCUUUACAAACCUAUGAAUUCAGGAAUUUAUUGUCAAGUACAAAUGGUAUUGAUGAUAUUCUGAAAGCUAUUAAACAUGGUACUAUCGGCUUCUAUGAAGGGUAA